AGAGAGAGAAAAAAAAAAAACAAAAAAGAAUUGUAACUGCUCUCUCCCGGGCACGAAAAGCGUUUUUCAAUUUCGCGUUUUUUCUCAUCUCGCAGAUCUCUCUCGACAACGGAAAACGCCAUCGCCCCUUCGCUCCCUCCCUCCUCCGCCGCCGCCUCCGCCGUCUUCCCGGCGAGGAUCUGCGCUAGGGUUUUUCUUGGCGGCGUCUCUUCUCGGCGGCUCCCCUAGGACCGCGAGCUCCCCGGCCGAAUCUCCGCCGCUGCAUUUUCCGCGGCGCCCACAGGAGUGUCUUCAGGAGCACAAGAUGAGUGGUUCAAAUGAGAAUGAGGAGAUGGAUAAGGAGGUGCCGCUAGCUCCAGAUCUUGCUGAUGAAGGGCACCCAAAUGAAGUGCAAGUUGAAGCAUCCCAUGAACAAUCUCCUGAUUCAGUGCCUGUAGAGGAAACUUUGAAGCCAAUUGAAAAUGGGCACGCGUUGCCUGUGGAAGAUGCUUCUACUGAUGAUAAGAAACAAGAACCUGUCUCAAGUACUCCACUCUCUGCCCCGGAUGGUAUAGCUAAUGCAGAAAAUCAGCAAGAUGUACCCAAGCAUGAUAGUGGAAAUGCUGAAUCUGCUGCUGUUGCCAAGGAUGAGAUACAGAAGGAUGCAUCUGAUUUGCCUCAGGAGGAAGCCGCUGAUUUGUCUCUAGAGGAAACCAAGGUUGAUUCUACCACCCUAGCUCAGAAGGAAGCCACUGAGUUGCCUCUACAGGAAAAAAAUGUUGAUUUUACCACCCUGGCUUCAAAGGAAGCCACUGAGUUACCCCUGCAGGAUACUAAGGUUGAUUCUACUGCCCUGUCAGAAAGUCAUCCAGAACCUGUUGAACUGAUAUUGGGGGCCAGAGCUGAAGAUACUGAAAAUCCAGAACCUGUCAAACCAAUAUUGGAGGCCAGAGAUGAAGAUACUGAGAUGGUGGAAAGUAAAAUGGGUGCUGUUUGUGAUGAUUUAUCCUCAGUAGAGAAAGACAACAUUGUUGCACCUAAUGAGGCAUCCAUUGACAUUAAGGCUGAAAUUGAGAAAGUGGAACCGAUGACGGUUGAGGAGCAUCAGGCUGAGACCCCUGUAGCUAAGGUUAACGGCAACUCCAGUUUGAAACAUUUAUUUCUUUUAGAUGAAAACGAUGAAGGUAGUGAGUCUGGGACAGAGGAGGAUCAAUCAUUAUUCAUGAAGGAACUGGAGAGUUUCUUUAAGGAGAGGAGCAUGGAAUUCAAACCACCUAAGUUUUAUGGGGAGGGUCUAAAUUGCCUCAAGUUGUGGCGAGCUGUGACUAGACUUGGAGGUUAUGAUAAGGUUACGUCAUGUAAGCUGUGGCGGCAAGUUGGAGAGUCCUUCAAACCCCCCAAGACAUGCACUACAGUAUCUUGGACAUUUCGUGGUUUCUAUGAGAAGGCACUCCUUGACUAUGAGCGGCACAAUUUGCGUGGUGGGGAGCUUAAUAUAACUGCUGCUUCUCCCACAGAGCCUAUGGUUGGUGACAAUCAGGCAUCAGGAUCCGGAAGGGCACCCAGAGAUGCUGCAGCCCGUGCAAGGCAGGGUUGGCACUCCCAACGUCUUCUUGGUAAUGGUGAAGUUAGUGAUCCUAUAAUAAAGGAUAAGAAUGCCAUGUCUAUGCAAAAACGUGAAAAGCAGCUUAAAAGCGUUGGUCCAGUGAAACGCAAGAAGCAACCAUACUUGGAAAGUUCUAUUAAAACUACACGACCAAAAACUUCUAAAUCACAAUUGGAUAUACCAGUAGUUGACAUUGGACCACCAGCUGAUUGGGUAAAAAUCAACGUACAGAAAACUAAGGAUUGCUUUGAAGUCUAUGCCUUAGUCCCAGGGCUUCUACGGGAGGAGGUCAGGGUCCAGUCUGAUCCUGCUGGGAGACUGGUUAUAAGUGGUGAGCCAGAGCAACCCGACAAUCCUUGGGGGGUAACUCCUUUUAAGAAGAUUGUCAACUUACCUUCAAGAAUCGAUCCACACCAAACAUCAGCAGUGGUCACCCUGCAUGGGCAGUUAUUUGUUCGGGUCCCUUUUGAGCAAUCGGAAUAGCAACUUUGGCGUGCUUAUGUGCAUCAUGUUGAUUGAAACUAACUGUAGGUGUUAGCUUCGUAGUUCACUGAACCUUGUCCACAUCUGCGGUUCACUCUCCUUUGUACUCUUGUGUAGCGGACUAGAUUUAGCUCUGAUUUAUGUUAUCUUUUAGUCCUUAUUUCGCAUGCAGUUCUUGUCUAUUACUGUUUUGAGAUCCUGCUCGUUUCACUUGA